CUGGACAGCACCCCGCGCUGAGCAUCACCACCAAAAACCACCAUCACCGGAACCGCCAGAAACCAUGAGUGCCAUCGAAGCUCUGUACAUUUUCGAUCGCUAUGCCCCCACCGCGACCAUAAUCCUCCAACACGAAUGGCGCUCGCGCUCUCCGACAUCGGCAGUCUCGCUGCUGGCGCACUACAACGCCCACCCCGCGCCGCGUCCGUCGCUGAUCUACAUGCCCACCACAUCCCCGCCCACGCUCCUCUUCAGCCUGGAACACAGCAACCUCUUGUUCCUGUCUCCAGCGACCUCCGAGAUCGAGCCGCUGCUUGUCCUCGAGUUCCUUCACCGCGUCGUUGAUGUGCUCGAAGACUACCUGGGCUCGCCGCUGCUGGCCGCAAAGAUCGAGGUCAACUAUCACAUCGUCGCGCAGCUCAUGAACGAGAUGGCCGAUGACGGCGUACCGUUCACCACUGAACCAAAUGCGCUGCGCGAUGUGGUGCUGCCCCCGAGCUUAAUGGGGAAGAUAUUCGGCAGCGUUACCGGCCUGCCUAGCUCCACCCUCCCCUCCCUCGGCCACUCCCCGCACACGAACGCGCUCUCGACGAUCCCCUGGCGGCGCGCCAACGUCAAGCACACGAACAACGAGCUCUACGUCGACCUGAUCGAGCUGGUGAGCGCGACGAUCGCGCCCAGCGGGCGGCCGCUCAGCGCGCGCGCCAACGGCACGGUAGCAUUCACGUCGAAGCUCUCUGGCGUGCCGGACCUGCUGCUCACGCUGCAGGCGCCCCAUAGCCACAAGCAGAAGCUGGGAGAGAAGCCGAACGGCAUCAUCGAGUACCCGGUGUUCCACCCGUGCGUGCGCCUCAGCCGCUGGCGCGAUCAUCCGGGUGAGCUGUCGUUUGUGCCGCCCGAUGGGAAGUUCGUGCUGGCGAGCUACGAGGUCGAUCUGCUGUCAAAGCAGCAUCAGCAGCACCAGCAGCAGCAAUUGCAGCUGCCCGUACAGGUGGAAUUGAAGACGGCGAUUGGCCACGAGGGCGACGAGUUCGAGGUGCGCGUGUUCGUGUCUACCGCCGCGCUCUCUCCCGUCGCGGGCAGCGGAUCGUCACCGGCGUUCGGGAGUCGGGGCGGGAAUGGCGGGGGAAGCAGCAGGAGCCCCGCAUUCGGCGGGACCAGCAAUGCGCCGGUGAUCGAGGAGGUGUCGAUCACCAUUCCGCUGCCGAACGUGGUCAAGACGCUCGUUGCAACGCGCUGCAGCAGGGGAGAGUUCCAUCACGAAGGGAGGGAGGUCGUCUGGAAGAUCCCCACCACCGGCUCCGGCGCUACGCCGAGCUCUACGGCAACGUUCCGGACAGCGGUGCAGAUCCGCUCUUCGGCGGAGGAUGACGAUGAUGACGAUGACUCCGCCGGGGAGGAGGGCGCCGGCAAGAAGGAAGGCGGGAAAAAGGCCGCCGCUAGGAAACGGAGGAUAGAAAUGGCUAUGCCGCGGUGCGCCAUCGUUAACUUUUCCGUCAAGGGAUGGUUGGCGAGUGGUGUGCGUGUGGAGAGCGUCAAGAUCGUCGGCGGAAGGGGCAUGGGCGAGGGCGUCAAGCCGUAUAAGGGUGUCAAGUAUAUCACUAGAGCUGGCGGAAUAGAGGUUAGGUGCUAAUUGUGAAUGGGCGCGCAAUCUUGGGGGGUUUAUGGCGUUUUUGUUUGUAAUUUGUGUCUUUUUGUUUGCAGGGUGUAAUGUAAACGCAUACGGGUCGUGAAUUGAUCAGGACUGCCUGACG